GGAAUCCGGCUGUUGCUGCGCGCGGACACAAAGACAGACAAGGACGCACCGGAGCCCGCGAGCUGGAGACGACGGUUCCAGAGAGUCGCGCAAGCCCUCUUCUAUUUGCCGCUCCGGUAAACCUCUGCGUUCAGCUGGAGGACCGUGUCACCUGAAGGCGGGAGGGAUUUCAGAGCUGGAGAACUUUUUUUACAACAUUUGUGGAAUAAAAAAACAACAGCUGUUAAAAAAGGAUUUCCUUCAUAUGUUAAAGAGGAUGUUUAAUGUUGGAACAAUGUGAGAAAAGAACAGUGAGUGAAGAGACUCGGGAUUUUCUGAACCUGUUUUACGCACUGGAAGCUCUGUCGGAACUAACGGACUAACUCUGAGUUUCCUCCUCUUCUUCAUCCUGUUUAUUUCACUUUAUCUGAGACCAAGUUUCCCAUUAUAAUAAUGCGUUUUGAGGACUUAUUCUAGGCCCCGGGCUUUGGAAUUGGUGACUGCCCUGUGAACGCACCGAGUUUUGACCACUGACAGAAUGCAUCAAAGGGACUGCUAACUCACUCAAGGUUCUGGUGAAUCUCGGGGUCGACUGAUGCCGCCAUGGGCCGAUCGCUGGAUCUUUGAGAGAAGCCUUCUUCCCCGUUAUCACCCACCCCCCCCUCCCCCCUCCUUCUCUUCUUCCUUCACCCUGCGCAGCUUUAAGUUGAGUCGUCUAGAUACUAGCCGUCGGCCUUCGAUACGUUCUCCUUCCCUCCAUCUUUUAACCAUGGCGAGCAUCGUGUCUCAGACUCCUGGCCCGGCGAGGCUGCUAUUGUGUUUCGCCCCUCUGCUGCUGAUGAAGGGCGGGUGUCACGCCGCCCCCUCAGGCCCGGAGUCGGACUCCUGCUCCACCUUAGUCCAGAGUCGCUUCUUCGGCUUCUUCCUGUCAUCAUCGGUGUUUCCCACCACGCCUUGCUCCUGGACCCUGCAGAACCCCGACCCGCGGCGCUACACCAUCUUCAUCAAGGUGACCAAACCCACAGAGUACUGCGUGCCGUCGCAGCUGCGCACCUUCCAGUACGACUCCUUCCUGGAGACCACGCGCACCUACCUGGGCAUGGAGAGCUUCGACGAGGUGGUGAGGGUGUGUGACGCCUCGGCCCCCGUGGCCUUCCUAGAGGCCGGAAAGCAGUUCCUCCAAAUGAGGAAGGGGCCCCCUCGGGCGGGCGCGGCCGCUGCGGACAGCGACUGGGAUUUCAAAACAGAGUACCUGGUGGUGGGGAAGCGCAACCCCAGCAUGGCGGCAUGUCAGAUGCUGUGCCAGUGGCUGGAGGACUGUCUGGCCUCCAGCACGUCCAACCGGCCCUGCGGCAUCAUGCAGACUCCAUGUUUGUGCUGGGAGCCGCCGCCACAGCUGAGCGAGGGGAAUACCUGCUAUCACAAUGGAGUUUACCUGGAGAACUGUUUACCCAGUGUGAAAGAGAGCGGGAGAGACGCCGAGAUAAACGGUGGCUGGAGUGUGUGGGGUCAGUGGGCGCAGUGCAGCAGUGAAUGCGGAGGCGGGAUUCAGACCCGGACCAGGACCUGCCAGUCACCUCCGGAGGAGUCGUACCUGUGUGAGGGUGUGCUGGAGGAGGGCCGACCAUGCAACUCACAGCCCUGCACCGGCAAAGGUCGCCAUCUCUCUCGCAGCCAAUCGCUUCGCUCGGUGGACAGCCGCAAGCGUGAUGACGUAGACAAGCCCCGCAGCGGACAGCAGAGCCCUCAGACAGUAGACUCAGCUUCAGGUGAGGAGUGGUCAGCGUGGAGUGUGUGUUCUGCCACGUGUGGGGAGGGCUGGCAGAGUCGCACUCGCUUCUGUGUGUCCUCCUCCUACAGCACCCAGUGUAGUGGGCCACUGCGAGAGCAGAGACCUUGCAACAACUCUGCUGUUUGUCCAGUGCACGGUGCGUGGGAUGAGUGGUCGCCGUGGAGUUUGUGUUCGUCCACCUGCGGCCGAGGUUACAGGUCCCGAACGCGAACCUGCACCCCCCCUCAGUUCGGGGGAGAUCCCUGUGAAGGCCCAGAGAAACAGACCAAGUUCUGCAACAUAGCUGUGUGUCCAGUGGAUGGGGUGUGGAACGAGUGGUCCAGCUGGAGCUCCUGCUCGGCCUCCUGCUCUAAUGGGACCAUGCAGAGAACCAGGGAGUGUAACGGCCCCUCGUACGGAGGCUCCGAGUGCAGGGGGGAGUGGCUGGAGACCGUCGACUGCUUCCUCGGCGAGUGUCCAGUGGAUGGUAAGUGGCAGCCAUGGUCUCUGUGGUCGGGCUGCUCUAAAACAUGCGGAGGGGGGAGCCAGCAGAGAAACAGGAUUUGUUAUGGGCCCUUUUUUGGGGGGCAGCCUUGCCCUGGAGAGCGAGAGGAGGUCCGGCGAUGUAAUGAAAAGAGAUGUCCAGAGCCUCAUGAAAUAUGUGGCGAGGACAACUUCUCCAACGUUGUGUGGAAGAUGACUCCAGCUGGGGACACGGCGGCCGUACGCUGUCCCCCCAAUGCCAUGGGGCUGAUCUUGCGCCGCUGCACCCUGGAUGAAGAGGGCAUCGCCUACUGGGAGAAUCCCACCUACAUGAAAUGCAUUUCCAACGACUAUCGCAGCAUCCAGACUUUGACUCGGGAACAUUUGUCCAAAGCGCAGCGCGGCCUUGUGGGAGAUGGUGUUUCAGAGGUGAUGACCAAACUGAAGGACACGUCCAGCGACGGGACCAGCUACAGCGGUGACCUGCUGGCCAUCCUGGACGUACUGAAGAACAUGACGGAGAUCUUCAGGAGGGCGUACUACAGCCCCAGCAGUGUAGACAUGAAGAACUUUGUGCUGUCAGUCAGCAACCUGCUGAUGGAGGAGAACAGGGAGAGAUGGGAGGAGGCACAACUGCUGGGGCCGAACAUCAAAGAGCUGUUCCGUCUGGUCGAGGACUUUGUGGAUGUCAUCGGCCUGAGGAUGAAAGACUUUCAAGACACGUAUGAAGCCACUGAUAACCUAGUGUUGAGCAUCCACAAGCGUCCAGUUAUGGGUCACGCAGACAUCAGCUUCCCUAUGAAGGGCUGGAGGGGCAUGGCGGACUGGGCCCGCAGCUCUGAGGACAAAGUCACCAUCCCCAAGAACAUCCUGUCCACUGGCAAGCCAGAUGCAGACGACUCCUCCACGUUUGUGACCGGCAUCGUUCUGUACAGGAACCUGGGCAGUAUCCUGAGUCUGCAGAGGAACAGCACAGUCCUCAACUCCAAGGUGUUGUCAGUGACCAUCAAGCCCACUCCUGCCUCCCUCUCCGCUCCGGUUGUAGUCGAAUUUUCUCACCUGUACAACGGAACCACCAACCAGACCUGUAUAUCCUGGGACGAGAGCGACAGCUCCUCUCUGCUGGGAUCCUGGUCUGCCAGGGGCUGCAAAACCGUGCUAGUCGACUCAUUCAGAACCAAAUGCGUGUGUGACAGACUGUCCACCUUCGCCAUUUUAGCACGGCUAAAUCCCGAAAUGAACAUGGAUAAGACACAGCUCCCUUCGGUGACGCUGAUUGUGGGCUGUGGAGUCUCUUCACUGACACUGCUGCUGCUCAUCAUCAUCUACGUGUCUGUCUGGAGGUACAUCCGGUCUGAGCGCUCAGUCAUCCUCAUUAACUUCUGCCUCUCCAUCAUCUCCUCCAACGCACUUAUCCUCAUUGGACAGACACAGACACGGAAUAAGGUCUUGUGCACCCUGAUCGCGGCGUUCCUCCACUUCUUCUUCCUGUCCUCUUUCUGCUGGGUUCUGACGGAGGCGUGGCAGUCCUACAUGGCGGUGACGGGCCGCCUCAGGAAUCGCAUCAUCCGCAAGCGUUUCCUGUGUCUCGGCUGGGGUCUCCCUGCACUUGUAGUUGCGAUCUCAGUCGGAUUCACCAAGGCAAAGGGAUACGGAACACCGAGCUACUGCUGGCUGUCUCUGGAAGGAGGUCUUCUUUAUGCAUUUGUUGGACCUGCUGCAGCUGUUGUCUUGGUUAACAUGGUUAUUGGGAUUCUCGUUUUUAACAAACUGGUGUCCAAAGACGGAAUUACUGAUAUGAAACUAAAGGAGAGGGCGGGUCAGAUGACAGUGCCACUGUACAAUAUGACGCUCAAAUGUGCCAAGUGCGGAGUUAUCUCUUCGGCUGACGUUUCCACCACAGCUACCAGUAACGCCAUGGCGUCACUGUGGAGCUCCUGCGUGGUUCUGCCCCUCCUGGCCCUCACCUGGAUGUCAGCGGUCCUCGCCAUCACUGAUCGGCGCUCGGCGCUCUUCCAGAUCCUGUUUGCUGUCUUUGACUCCCUGGAAGGCUUCGUCAUUGUCAUGGUGCAUUGCAUCCUGCGCAGAGAGGUCCAGGAGGCAGUGAAGUGUCGCGUCGUGGACCGGCAGGAGGACGCGAAUGGAGACUCAGGAGGAUCUUUCCAGAACGGCCACGCUCAGCUCAUGACUGACUUUGAGAAGGACGUGGACAUGGCCUGCAGAUCAGGCACUAUGAAGCGCUCGUCUCUGCAGGGGGAGGAGAAGGCGUCCUCUGGGACCCUCACCCUGCAGAAGGGAUCUAACUUUAACACCAUGCCGGCCAGCAUGGCGAAGGUUCACCUCCAGAACGUGGCCGACUACAACAGUCACACUCUGACGCUUCGCAGGGAGAAAGGCGCGGCAAAGGGAAUCAGCACAGAGCUGCCGGGCGCCAAAUCUAUCUACAUCUGUGACGGCGAGCUUUUCAAGCAGCUGGACGGAGAGAUGCCCCGAGGGAACGGUGAGGGCAGCAGCUCUGAGGGCGCCGGUAAAGGCCCGGGAUAUGUCAUCCUACCCACCAACAACACGGGCACCCUGAAGCCGGCCAAGGGGAAGGAAGAGCAGACGGCCAAGUACAACAUCAACAUAGAGCAGCUGCCUCAGACGAGGCUCAUCCACCUGGCCAACACGGCCAGCGGAGAGCCAGUGCCUGGCUUUGGGCUGAAGACGCUGCCCGCUGACCAGGUCAGUGUGUCAUGCUCUGACAGAGACUCACCUGCACACAACCUGCAGAACAUGCCCAGAGACUCCCAGGGGGCCAACAGCAUGUGUGACGGGGGGGACUCCGGAAACUCUGGUGUCAUGUCCAAGAGUGAGACCGUCAGCACGUUGUCCAUGAGCUCCCUGGAGAGACGAAAAUCACGCUAUGCAGAGCUUGACUUUGAGAAAAUAAUGCACACCCGGAAACGCCACCAGGACAUGUUUCAGGACCUGAACAGGAAGAUUCACAGUGCAGACAAGGAUAGAGAGUCUCCACCUGUUGACGCCAAAGCUGCCAAAAGAUGGAGUGUGUCCUCUGCCAGCAGUGACAAGACCAACAUGAGUGACAAGCAGCAGACCCCUAGUAAGAGGGCGUGGGAGGGCAUCAGGAAGACCCACUCCCCCCCAUCCUGGGUGAGGAAGGACCUGGAGACGGUGGCAGCCUCUCCCCUGGAGCUGCAGACGGUGGAGUGGGAGAAGACCAGCGCCACCAUCCCUCUGGUGGGCCAGGAGAUCAUGGACCUGCAGACAGAGGUGUGACCAGCAGAUCCUGGCCUCAAACCUACAACUCUCUCUUUCUUUUUCCAAUGCUCUCAGACAAAAACAAGCAGACACACCACACACACUGCCCUGCUCUGUACUCUACUCAAAGGCCGGAUGAAGCCCAUUGCGAGAACGUGAGGGGGGAGGGGGGGGACGCGUCACAAUAUCAGAAAAUCAACGUAAACCAAUUAAAGAGAGAAGGGGAACACGGUGUCUUUCUCUGUUGUUUCAUUUGAUGUUUGGACUGUGUUCUUGUCAGCAGUACUCGUCAUCUUCUUGUAUAUGGUCUCAGAUAUCACGCUGGCUCACAUGGGGGACGGUUUGCCAGAGUAGCUGGUCCAGCUGCUGUAUGUGCAUCAUGUAAUAAACAGCAUAGCAAAGGUAACCAUGCAAUGUUUACCCCUGUAUUAAAUGGUUGCAAUGUAAUAAUCAUGAUUAUGUCUCUUCUUUUCCACUGUUGAGAGUGUUGUUCCUUCGCUCUCUCGUUCUCCUGAUGAACGCUGAUGUUGUUCACGGCUCCAGACGCCUCCGGAUUGAUUUCUGUGUCGACAGGGAAAAUUAACAAAGGUGUGAGGAGGCAGACUGCUGAAUACACAUCCACAUGCCCCUCAAUGCUGUGCCCCCCCCCCCCCCCCCCCCUCCCCUCCCCUUCAACUCACCCCAAUCUUUCUGGCUCAAUCUCUUUCCACUUACCCCCCCCCCCCCCCCCCUCACCCCGGUGGGGCGUGGUCGGCCCUUCAGCGACAAGCAAAGGGGAGGAUUAAAAAAAAAUAAAAAAUCGAAGACGUCACCUCGAGCCAAAAUGGCAGGAUGCCUCAUCGACGGACACCUCAGAGACGCCGGAGAGCGGGGCCCCUGGGCUCUGCGCUCUAAUCGGCCCUCAACUUCAAUGCAGCCCCACAGAGGGACAACAUGGACAUCAGUGCAUCCUGAAGGAGCCACGUUCCACAGACACGCUGUUUGGGUCAGUUACUCGAUGUAUAAGCAGGAAAUGCAAAAUAUGACGGUGUUUCAAAGAUGCUAAGGAAAAAGUACUCAAGUGCGUGUGUGUGUGUGUUUGUGUGUGUGUGUGUGUGUGUGUGUGUGUGUGUGUUUGUGUGCGUGUGUUGAGUAAUGGAAGAGGAGUAAAUGAGUAGAUCUAUACAUAUAUACGGUGUGAUGGUGACGAGGCAGAGCUGCUGUGAGGGAUGGUGGUUGCACACUGAGAAAGCACAAGGCUCAUUUGGAGUCCUGAUGUACAGCAUUGUAAUUAUUUCAACAGAGUUCUACAGAAUGGAUUUUAGCCUAUAAAUAUCUUUCUUACUGUGCUUGGGGAUAGUUGUUAUCAUUAUUAUAAAUAUGAACAUAAAUAUUCUGAUACUGAUCCUCCCACCCCCCCUCCCCACCCCCACCCCCUUCCUUCAGGUUACUGGACUAUACGAGUGUUCUGUAUCGCAAUGUAACAGUAUGUGUUUUGAUAUCAUCGCCAGUCACUCCCUCAGAUCUGUAUUUGUCAAAACCCUGACCCGCCACCCCCUGACCUCCAACCUCAGACCCGGCCCCCUGAUGUGCUGCCUACCUUGCCACAAACACACACACACACACGCACACACACACACCCCUCUCCCUCCUCUCCCUCCUUCCCUCACUCCCAUUUUUAUUUGACUGGGGUCGACUCUUUGUUAAUGUACAGUUUUCAGAGCACAAAAUGAAUGUGUCUUAUUUCUAAUAAAAACAUAUCUAUAUAAUAAAAGAA